AGGCACUAGCCACACUUAAUCCCUCGGAAGAUACACACAGAUAUACAGAGUAGUAUAAACGCAAUUUGACCAGAUUGUUGCAACCGCCCUUCUACGCUAUAAUUGCCGCUUCCCUGCACCAACAAACAGCAACGAACAUACACUAUGGCCACCGCACAAGCCGAGAAACCCAAGACUCAACAGCCCACUUACACGAACGACCCUGACGACUCGGAGACUGAUUACGACUCGGAUGACUAUAUCUCCGAGGAAGAGGAAGAUCAAGCACCGCAGCAACAGAAGCAGACGGCCCAGCGUCGCCGGCGACCUCAGGCCCAAGGCCAGACUUACGACGAUGACGAUGACGAUGCAGAGUACUCGGACGACUAUGCGUCGGACGAGUACGACGAUGACGAUGAUUACGACGAUGAAUAUGACGAUGAUGAGCAAGAGGCUGUGCAAGCGAUGGAGCGCUGGCAGCCCACUACGAUAAGCAGCAGUGACAACAAGAACCUCUCCAACGGCGCAAUGGAUCCGGCACCCUCGAACGACCAGAAGGGCGCAGAUGAGGAGGGUAUGCGCCUGAAGUUGGAACUGAACUUGGAGAUCGAGGUUGAGCUGAAGGCUCGCAUCCACGGUGAUUUGACAUUGGCUCUGCUAACCUGACGGAUUGACGAUUUUUU